CGCACACCAGUGGGCGGCACGGGGCUCAUAGAGCACGAUGACUGGUGACCGGAGGGUGGCUGGUUCGAUCCCCGGCUCCUCCUGUGUCGAGGUGUCCCUGGGCAAGACGCCUCACCCUGACUGCUCCCGACGAGCUGGCUGUCGCCUUGCGUGGUUGACCCCGCCGCCGGUGUGUGAACGUGUGCAUGAAUGGGUGAAUGUUAGGCAGUAAUGUAAAGCACUUUGAGUGGCCACUGGUUAGAGAAGCUCUUUAUAAAUGCCGUCCAUUUACCAUUUACCUGGGUGUGCGUUUGUGUGUUUUGUGAAGGUGCAAUUGAAGACUCAUUUGUCAUUACAGGGGUACUGUUUAAGGUGUUCUCGAGUCUUGUAGUUCGUGCGUUGGUUUAUUACACGUCUGAGAUUUGCACAAAGUUGAAACAUUGCCCUACAUUUCUUAAUUAGUUAGUCUUUUCCAGCCAGAAAAAGGCUAACCUUUUUAGUCAAAGCUAAGCACAUUUUCAGUCUGCUCGCUAGCUGUUGCCACUUAGAUCUUAUUAGCAUGUAAAUAUGGGCCUGGUGUUAAUCAUUUUUAUUGUUAUUGAGUUUCAUUAUUUACCAUGUUGUUUCACAGAGAGAAACAAGAAAUAUAGAUUACAAUCUCUUAAAGAGCCAGGGAGCCCAGUGUUUCAGAUGUAAUUCAACACUAUGUGAUUUAAAGGCCUGAGAAAGAGAGGUUUAGGAAAGAGGUGUUAUGAGUGUUUUUAUAAGCAAUGUUGUAUCUGAGAUCCGCCGCGCACCGUAUCGUUAUGCGAUAGGUGUCCGGCCAGCCGAACCUUCACUCGUACCCGGGUAUAAAAUAGACACCGCUGCUCAGACGGAGCCUCACCGUCCACACACACCGCGUAGAGUUAAAGUACUAAGUGCCCCACUUUCUCUCGGACAUCGCAGUCCGCUGCUUCCCAGACGGAGCUCCACACGUCCACGCAAACCGGACCGCCGGGGCCCCUUGGUCGUGACGUCAGACUAGCUUUGAAAAAGGUAGUGUGACGUCACGAACCGAACGCCACCUGCAUGCGCAGCAGAGUGGGCCGUUCACGGACUGUUUAGGGGAGAAAAACAUAGGAUCUUGCCAAUUUCUUUCUCUAAAUUUGGGAGUUAUUUCAGUAAUAGUGAAACAAUGCCAUAUAUUACCAUGUUGAAGAUCUAAACGUUUAAAACAAAUAAAAGUGUUUUCGGUUGUACUGUCUCUUUAAGAAGUGUGAGGCAAUAGGAACAGUUAGCUAGACGGUGUUGCAACACGGAACUAGGUGGCUAUUGCACCGAGGGUGAACAGGGUAGGCUUCCGUGUUAUGAACUUGGGCAAAAGUUUGUUGAAACUUAUCACCAAGUUGGGUAAUAACAAUAAAUCAUGAAGUCACCUAAUGGGUAAAGGGAACCGAAAGUAAUAUGGCAGAAGCGGCAGCGGACUCGGCCUGUGUAACCGGACCCUGACCAGCCCUCCGUGCGUCAUGGACGGGCUGAAACCACCGUGGACGCUGUGCCUCGACUCCGCUCUCCAUUUUUCGAGGACAUGGGAGAAUUGGAGGGACCAGUUUGUGCUCUAUGUGGACUCAACAAUGACGACCGAGGAGGACAUGGCAAAAGUGAAACUUUUCAGCUGUCUGAUCGGCGAGAGUGGCAGGGAGCUACUGGACACAUUGAUGGGCGUUACGGCCAAGGAGGCCUGGACGAUGGAUGACAUUAUAAACACGUUCGAUGAGCAUUACAACCCUGGCGCGAACGAGACCAUGGAGCGGUAUCGUUUUUUUUCUAAAAACCAAGGCGCCAGUGAAACCAUUGACAGUUACGUCACGGAGCUGAAAGCGCUGGCCCGGAAAUGCAACUUUGGAGCUCUGAGAGACUCGCUCAUCCGUGACCGGAUUGUGUGUGGUAGUCACAAUACGGGCAUGAGAGACAGACUGCUCCGCCAGAAGAAAAUGACGCUAGACACAUGUGUACAGCUGUGCAGGGCCGCAGAGCUGCCCCGGGAAAAUGUUGAAGUCAAGGUGGAAGAGGUGCAUGCAAUGCAAGGGGCCGAGCUGCCCCGGGAGAAUGUUAUAGCCAUCUUCGUACCCAAGGUGGAAGAGGUGCAUACACUGCAAGGGGCUGAGCCGCCCCGGGCGGAUGUUAUAGCCAUCUCCGGAGCCAAGGUGGAAGAGAUUCACGCAUUGCAAGGGGCAGAAUCGCCCCGGGCGGAUGUUAUAGAGAUCUCCGGACUGUUGUUGGAAGAGGUGCCUCAGAAAAAUGUUCUAGCGAUAUCCGGUCCGGUGUUGGAAGAGGUGCAUACACUGCCAGGAGAUGAGCUGCCUGAGGAGAAUGUUAUAGCCAUCUCUGGGCCUGAUGUGGAAGAGGUGCAUACACUGCCAGGAGCAGAGCUGCCUCAGGAGUAUGAUGUAGCCAUCUCUGGGCCUGUGGUGGAAGAUGUGCAUACAUUGCAAGGGGCAGAGCUGCCUCAGGAGUAUGAUGUAGCCAUCUCUGGGCCUGUGGUGGAAGAUGUGCACACAUUGCAAGGGGCAGAGCUGCCUCAGGAGAACAUUAAAGCCAUCUCUGGACCGACUGUGGAAGAGGUGCUGAAAACAGCAACAUGCAAGAAAAGGAAACUAACUAACUACGAGGUGGAUUGCGAGUUGUGUGGAAACACGCAUGGAAGAAGCAAAUAUAAAUGCCCGGUGUACGUACGCAAGCCGAGAGCGGUGCGUCCCUGCUCCCCCAUCAACACGCCCAGCCUGCCCCUCAGGAAGAAGAGCAAGGAAGGCAAAGGCAACACCAUCUACCUGUGGGAGUUCCUGCUGGCUUUACUUCAGGAUAAAAACACCUGUCCCAAAUACAUCAAGUGGACGCAGCGGGAAAAGGGCAUCUUCAAGCUGGUGGACUCCAAGGCCGUGUCGAAGCUGUGGGGCAAACACAAGAACAAGCCCGACAUGAACUACGAGACCAUGGGCCGAGCCCUCAGGUACUACUAUCAGAGAGGCAUCCUGGCCAAGGUGGAGGGCCAGCGGCUGGUGUACCAGUUCAAGGAGAUGCCCACGGACCUGGUGGUGAUCGAGGACGAGGACCCGGGCUCCGACAGCAGCUCUGUGUACAGCGGCCAGCGGCCUGGGGGCCCGGGCCGCGCCAUCGUCCGCGGCAACGGGGCGGGCGGGGCCAGGGCCCACGGCAAGGCCUACAGCCCCCUGUCGGCCAAGCAGGUGAAGAAGGAGCCGCUGGACGACAGCUUCUACCAGGAGUUCAACGGGAAGGAGCAGAUCCUGCAGCCGCUGGGGUCGCAGACCAUGAGGACCAUCAACGUCCCCUCCUCCCUGCCCAUGGUCAUCACCUCGUCCUGCUCGCUGCAUUCCUUCCAGUCCCUGAGCGGCGUCCUGGGCAACGGGGACUCGCUCCACGCCUCCUCGCCGCAGGUCAUCCUGCACACCGUGCCCGGCGGCGCCGGCUCCAAGGACGUGCUGACCAUCCAGGCGGCCUCGCUGAACCCCGGGCACUGCCUGCAGGAGGGCCUGCCCCAGCAGCUCCUGGUCGCCACCUCCGCCUCCUGCCCGACCUCCGUCAGCCACUCCACCGCCGCCGCCGCCUCCUCCUCCUGCCUCCCGGGCGUGGCCCGCCUGCUCACCCUGGCCGGCCCCGGGGCCCACGCCAUGGUGGCCCCCGGGGGCCACAGCGUGGUGGCCCAGCAUCCCGGCACGGUGAUCGCCACCGUGCUGAAGGCCGGCGACUUCCACGGGCUGCAGGUCAAGGAGGAGCUGAUGGACCCCAACUACUUCCAGGCCAUGGUGAACGGCGACCCGUGCCUGGCGCAGGGCGGCUUCGACGGGCAGGACACAGAGCAGGAAGGGGCGGAGCUCAACUACAGGACUGUCGUCACCGACGCCCGCCGCCAAGGCCUCGAGGGGCAGGCCGGCGGCGGCGGCGGGGGCCGGGGCGCGGUGAACGGACACUUUUCCCAGAGCAGCAGUCCCAGCGAGGGCCUCACACCGGUGGAGGAGCUGGAGGUGCGGGGGGAGAUGUCCCUACAGGCCGAGCCGGGGCCCAAAGGGCUGCCGGAGCUGCCCAACGCCACCCAACUCCCCGUAAACUUUAUCCAGAUAAAGACGGAGCCCGCGGAGGUGUAGGGGCCGGCGGACUCUACCGUACACAGUGGACGAUGCGUAUCUGAGCGACGGGGGAAAGGAAGAGCUUCUUUUCACACAGAGAACGAUCCGGUCCGCGCGACGGACCACGUGACGCUAGAAGCGCUCGGGGAUCGAUCUCGGGGUUCUCUGGGUGUUUGUCUGGUUGACGGACGGCAGGGUCGACCUCGUGUGUACUCUUAUGUUUAUGUAUUUGAAAGAUGUCAUUAGGAUUUUUAAUAAACACACCGUGGACGCAACACACACACACACACACACACACACACACACACACACACACACACACACACACACACACACACACACACACACACACACACACACACACACACACACACACACACACACACACACACACACACGUGCAGACACACACAAGAUCUCGGUUCCUGUUAGGAGAACAGCCAUUUGUCAGACUAGGGAUCCUUAUAUACCAACUGUGCCAGUUAAGUUAUUUUCUUCCUACGAGAACGUCGUACAUGGCACGGCGUUGAUGCAGGAGUAAAGAGACAGUAUCUCCACACAGGGGAACCACAACAACCAAACACAACAGAAGAAGAUGAAAGCCAAAAGGUGCAAUUAAAUCUCAUUUGAGAGAUAAUGUGCUUUUAUUUGUUUGUUUUUUUCUCAAACGCGCCGUAAUGCCGGAACAAAAGUAGCGGCGUUGUGGUGUUCAAUCAGACAAAAAUAUAUAGAGAGAAUUUCAAAGAAAAAAUCACACCAAAGACUAAACUGAAGAGUGCCUUAAAGGAAAGCUCAGCUCAAGAUGUCCUCGGAAAAAUAUGAGUUUUUUUACGUUUAAAAAGUCAAAAUUCCUCUCUUUGUAUCCAUUCUUUCUGUAAUGUAUGCGUUGCCCUCUCUUUUUGCCCUUGAAGCACUGUUUUUUUUGACAAUUCUGGGCAUUUUCGUGUCCGCCAUGUAAAGACUACUGUUGUGUUUGUAAAUAGCUAAAGACAGCAUGGGGACAAAGAGCAAUGAAGAGAGGAAGAUGAAAAAUACAAAUAAUACAAUAUGAAAUAGAAUAUAUAUGAAUAUAUAUAUAUAUAGAGAGAGACAAUACAAAUAUACAAUUGAGAUACAAUUUUAAGGCCACAAGAAAUUUAUUUAUUUUUCGAUUUUUCUAAAUUCUGUAUAAAAACGGCACAUUUGUUUUUCUAUUUAGCUAUAUCAUGAGGGAAUAUUAGAGUAAUAUCUAAAAACCAGGAUGUUGAUUCGCUAUUUCUGUCUUUUAAGACUGGCAUUUUUCAUUGUUUAAGCUUUCUGUGUAAUCAGCAUAGCUGUGCUAUAUUGUAAAGGCAGCACACGGAUGUGUAAACGUCCCCCAUGAUGUGGAUGAUUUAAACAUGCAUUAUACCUUCCUUGCUUUCCUCUCUUCAGUGGACAUACUUCUUUACCGAUGCCAUUUUACAGACUUUAACGGAUUUAUUUUAGACUCCGAUUUUUAUACGCUUAAAAUAACAGUACCCCAAUCACAAUGGUACCUACCAAACUGAAUAUCUACCUUCUUCUGCUCAUGGUCUUCUCCGUGGUGCACUAUACUCUGUUGAAUCUGGGCUUCCUUCAUUCUAUCGGCUGGUUGUUGGACCACUAAAGCAAGAUGUAUGAUUGGACCAGGAGUCCAUGCUAAAGUCUUAUUGAUUGUAAUCACGGGGUAAAAGUGUGACCCACAUCUGCUCAGGGGUCAUAGAUGACGAUUUGAAUGUAUACCCUACACAGCCCUACUGGAGAAAUACAAACACAAAAAUAACUAUCUAUGACACUGGAUUGGGUGAAAUGCUCCUUUUCCAUGACAUUGAGGUGGGGUUGAAACUGCUUUGUUUUUAUUCAUUUUCCUUAACAGUGUAACAUAUAUCAGGUGCUGGCUUUCACACGCUGCCUUGGACCACUGUUUUUAAAACCUGGAAGUAUGUCCACUGCUCUCGUUCUCUUUGAUUUUAUUAUCAUCGUCUUUGUCUCUUUCGUUGUCCUCCCCUAUGCUGAACAUAGAUUCGAUUAUUAAGGAACAUUAUAAUGUUAUAAUUAAAAACAAGAUGUACUAUGAAAUGCAUUAUCUUAUUUUUAUGUUGACGUUUUUACAUCUAUGGUGGAAAUGCAUUAAACACACAUGGUCGCGAAAGAUAAA